GGGGGCGCUGCGUGUUGGUUAGUCACACACGGCAGCGAAGAAGAAUAAAUCCUGAGCUGACGUGAAAACAUCCAUGCUCGCUGCUCUCUUCUGUGCUUCAGAACCUCCACAAUGGAGCAGGCGGACCCACAGCACUGCUACAUUAAAGAAGAAGAGGAGGAUCUACAGCCACAGCACAUUAAAGAGGAAGUGGAGGAACACAGCAUCAGUCACGAACAAUUGGAGGACUUCCCGGUGAUUGUUGUUAUUGUGAAGAGUGAAGAUGAUAAAGACAAAAGUGAAAGCAGCUCAAGUCAACACGUGACAACAGAAGCUGAUGGAGGAACACAAGCGGACAACCUCUUGGCUCCGUUAUCAGAUAGUGACGACACGAUGUCACGCUCUCCUGACGCUUCCGAUGACGUCUUUAAAGCUAAGACAUGUCACACUGACAACACACACUGGCGGUGCUCUCAUUGUGACAAAACAUUUAACGACCGGAGUAAUUUGAAAAGACACUUGAGAAACCACACGGGAGAGAAACCGUUUGUCUGCUCGGUUUGCGGGAAAGGUUUUAUACAAAAAGGAGAGUUGAAAAUACACACGAGAACACACACCGGAGAGAAACCUUUCUCCUGUUCAGUGUGCGGUUUAGCCUUUGUGCGAAAUCAGUGUUUAAAAAGACACAUGAUAAUACACACUGGAGAGAAAGCAUUUUCCUGUUCAGUCUGCGGUAUAAGUUUUGUUCGAAACCAUGAUUUGAAAACGCACAUGAGAAUACACACGGGAGAGAAACCAUUCAUGUGCUCAGUUUGCGGUAAACGAUUCUCUCAGAAGGUACAUUUGACAGCACACGCAAGAAUACACACUGGAGAGAAACCGUUUUCCUGUUCAGUGUGUGGAAAAGGUUUUGUACUGAAUCAGUCUUUGAAGAAACACAUGAGAACUCACACCGGGGAUAAACCUUUUUCUUGUUCAAUCUGUUACAAAAGCUUUUGUGAACGAACGGCGCUUGUCAGGCACAUGAGAACGCACACCGGAGAGAAACCUUUUACCUGUUCGGUGUGCGAUAAAAGUUUUUUACGAAAUCCGGAUUUGAAAAUACACAUGAGAAGACACACUGGAGAAAAACCAUACGCCUGUUCAAUUUGCAGCAAAAGCUUUUGCGACCAAACCCCACUUGUCAGACACAUGAGAACGCACACCGGUGAGAAACCAUUUUCUUGCUCAGUGUGUGGUUUAAGUUUCAUACGAAAUGAAUGUUUGAAAACACACAUGAGAAUACACACUGGUGAGAAAGUGUGGAGUUGCAGUGUUUGCCAUGAAAGAUUCUCUUAUAAGUACCAGGUUAGCAAUCACAAGUGUUCUGUUGGGACCAGCAGCACUAAAUGAAGCUACAGGACACGUCUUCAUAUGCUUAUAGUGUUUAAAUUUAAUAAAAAUAUCCCAGUCAGGUUUAUUUCAUUCAAUUGCAAACAUGAGCCAAGAAGAGAAGAAGUGAAAACCUACUCUGUUGUUCGAUCGUAACCAGGUUAGCAAGCUAGUUUGCUUUUUAAGACAGUAGCCGUAAUGAGCUGACUCAACAAAGAUAUAGCUUUAGGUAACAUAAACACAGAGCAACUACUCCUACCAUUGUAGGAUAACAAAUAACCAUGUUAAAAUGGUUAAAACUGCAAUUUAUAUCCCUUUUCUGGUGUGAGAAAACCGGUUAAUAUGAGCUAGCUAGCAACAAACGUCACAGGAAAUACGUAUUUUGAUGCUAAAGACCUCACAAAAAAAUGCUAACUGUGACUUGUAUAUUAAUUAUAUUAUUAUUGUAGCAACUAACAUGAAGAACUAUAUUUAUCUGGCGGACUAAUCAAUAUUUGCUCAUUUGCCGUUAGCAUUUUUAACCUGAGAACUGCAGCACACGUGCUGGAAGAUACAGCCAUCACAAUGAGAGCGGAUAUUGUAAGUGUUGUCGCCGCUGUUGUUGUCAUUGAAGGAACUAGCAUAAGUAUGAAUAUCAAUGCGCCUCUGAAAUACCGUAUUUUUUGGACUAUAAGUCGCUCCGGAGUAUAAGUCAGACAAUGCCAAAAAUGCAUAAUUAGGUAGCAAAAAACACACAUAAGUUGCAUUAUUUGCGGGUAAUUUAUUUUACAAACUACUUAACCAAAACAGACAUUACAUCAUCUUGGAAGGCAAGUUCUAACAAUAAUAAAAUAAUAGAGAACAGGCUAAAUAGGUGUAAGAUAUGCUAACACAAUGCUUAUUCAGCUACACAAAAAAAUAAACAUGAACAGAAAAGGUGUCCAGUGUUUAUGUAACAUAAACAGUUUUUUCAUUUAUAAGUCGCUCUGGAGUAUAAGUGGCAGGAACAGCCAACCUAUAAAAAAAAGUGCGACUUAUAGUCAGGAAAAUAGAGUUUGGGUAGUGUUUUAAAUAAUAAAAAUAUAGCAACUAUUACAUGUUGUCAUGAGUGUACAUGUUAAGGCAUGAUCACAGCAUGUAUAUCAAACCAGGCAACAUUGUAACAGGUUUUUAACCCAAUGAUGUGCAUUAUUUGCUAGCUCAUAUUACCGUAUUUUCCGGACUAUAAGUCGCAAUUUUUUUCAUAGGUUGGCUGUUCUUGCGACUUACACUGUUUCAUGUUAAUUUUUAUUUUUCGACACAAAAUAAGAUGGAAAAAGAAAUAAGCAAAUAAAAAAAAACAAAUGAAACAAGUGAAACAAAUUAACUAAUUAAUUUUAUUUAUUAUUAAAUUAUUAAAUAAAUGUUUCAUGUUAAUUUUUAUUUUUCGACACAAAAUAAGAUGGAAAAAGAAAUAAGCAAAUAAAAAAACCAAAUGAAACAAGUGAAACAAAUUAACUAAUUAAUUUUUAUUUAUUAUUAAAUUAUUAAAUAAAUGUUUCAUGUUAAUUUUUAUUUUUUGACACAAAAUAAGAUGGAAAAAUAAAUAAGAAAAUCAAAAAAACAAAUGAAACAAGUGAAACAAAUUAACAAAUUAAUUUUUAUUUAUUAUUAAAUUAUUAAAUUAAUGUUUAAUGUUCAUUUUUAUUUUUCGACACAAAAUAAGAUGGAAAAAUAAAUAAGCAAAUCAAAAAACAAAUGGAACAAGUGAAACAAAUUAACAAAUUAAUUUUUAUUUAUUAAUAAAUUAUUAAAUAAAUGUUUAAUGUUCAUUUUUAUUUUUUGACACAAAAUAAGAUGGAAAAAUAA